UUAAUCAUAAUAAAAAAAAUUACUUGAUUAUUGAUUUUUUUUCUAUCAACAUUGCCUUCAAAUCCCAAAGGGUUGGUUCUAUAUAUCUUUCCAAAAAUAAAUUUAUAGUCAAAUGGAUCUAACGGACCGUCGCAACCCUUUCAACAACCUGGCGUAUCCGCCGCCGCCACCGCCCUCAACUACCUUCACAAGCCCUAUUUUCCCACGAGGAAGCUCUUCCGGCAUGACUUUCCCCAUCCUCGCCGUCGCAGUGAUUGGAAUCUUAGCCACUGCGUUACUGCUUGUAAGUUAUUACAUCUUUGUCAUAAAAUGCUGUCUUAACUGGCACCAAAUCGACAUCUUCCGCCGCCGCAGAAGCAGCAGUGAUCAGAACCCUCUAAUGAUAUACACUCCUCACGAGCUAAACCGAGGUCUCGACGAAUCAGCCAUCAGAGCUAUCCCAAUCUUUACGUUCAAGAAGAGAGACGUUGUUCCAGGAGGAGAAGAUCAGAACAAGAGCUCACAAGAAUGCUCUGUUUGUUUGAACGAGUUUCAAGAAGACGAGAAGCUGAGGAUUAUUCCAAACUGUUACCACGUGUUCCACAUUGAUUGUAUCGAUAUUUGGCUUCAGAGCAACGCCAACUGUCCAUUGUGUAGAACCAGCGUUUCUUGGGACGCAAGUUUCUCUCUUGACCUAAUCUCUGCUCCAGAGGAUAAUCCUUCUCCUCGUAGUAACGGGAGUUUUGAACCCGGUGAGGUUGUAAGAGGCGACGAUGACUUCUUAGUGAUUGAGCUUGGGGCAAGUAAUGGUGAUAACAGACAAAGCGUGAGAAACAGAGACUUUCUUGCGGAACAAGAAAGGGCUACCUCGGACGAGGUGUUGAUCAGUCCUUCGCCUAGAAAGUUCGAUCAUCGUGCAAUGCAUAAUAAAGAGAGAAUAUUUCAUAAGGUGAUGAGUAAAGGAGACGAAUGCAUCAAUACUCGUGGCAAAGAUAACCAGUUCGGUGAGAUUCAGCCCAUAAGAAGAUCGAUCUCGAUGGAUUCUUCAGUGGAUCGCCAGCUGUACCUGGAGCUUCAAGAGGUGAUUGGUCGGAAUACUGGGAAGUUUCCAAUGGUGGUCGGAGAUGUUGGAGGUUGUAAUGGUAGUGGUGGUGAUGGUAAUAACAGAGUGAUGAAGAGAUGUUUCUUGUCUUUUGGAAGCAGUAAAGGUUCUAGAAGUUCCUCAAUACUGCCUGUUUAG